CAUGACUUCUCAAAACAUCAACAUCUGGUUCUACCUGAGAGGAAUCGAGUCGCACCUGCUAGACAGGUAUCGAGGUAGACUUGACAUUUCUGUUGUGUGUAUAAUAAAUGUAAAUACGUUUAGAAUGGAAGAAUGUGAUAAUUUUCAUCGUUUUUAAUGGAUUUAAAUUGUAUGAUGACAAACUCUUGCUACAUUAAGUUAUCUGUGGAUGUAAAUAUAUUGGUUCUGUUUUAAAAUUGAAAAAGUUGACCGGUAGCAAUAACAAGGCAUUGAGGAAUCAUGGUUAUUGUAACAAGGGGAGAUUAUAUUUGGAUAGAACCUCAAACGAAAAAAGAAUUUGAUGUUGCCAUCGGUGCAAGAGUAACAUCUGCUGAGGGAAGGAGAAUACAAGUCAUUGAUGAUGAUGGAAAGGAUCUAUGGCUCACGCCAGAGAGAAGGAUCAAAGCCAUGCAUCCUACCUCAAUUCAAGGAGUGGAAGAUAUGAUAUCAUUAGGUGAUUUGCAUGAAGCUGGAAUUUUAAGGAAUCUUUUAAUCAGAUACAAUGAAAAUCUCAUUUAUACUUACACAGGCUCUAUUUUGGUUGCUGUUAAUCCAUAUCAAAUCCUUCCCAUUUACACAGCAGAACAAAUAAAACUUUAUAAAGAUAAGAAAAUUGGUGAGUUACCACCUCACAUCUUUGCCAUAGGAGACAACAGCUAUAAUAAUAUGAAACGCUAUAAGCAAGAUCAAUGCAUCAUUAUCAGUGGUGAAAGUGGUGCUGGUAAAACGGAAAGUACUAAACUAAUAUUGCAAUAUUUAGCUGCCAUAAGUGGACAACAUUCAUGGAUUGAACAACAAAUUUUAGAAGCAAACCCUAUUUUAGAAGCUUUUGGAAAUGCUAAAACUAUAAGAAAUGAUAACUCAAGUCGUUUUGGAAAAUAUAUUGAUAUUCACUUUAACAAAUCAGGCAUAAUUGAAGGUGCUAGAAUAGACCAAUAUUUAUUAGAGAAAUCACGAAUCGUUGGGCAGGCUACCGAUGAAAGAAAUUACCACAUAUUUUAUUGUAUGUUAGCUGGUCUUGGUCGAGAAGAAAAGCAAAAACUUGAAAUUAGUGAUGCUUCCAAGUAUCAUUACCUAACACAGGGUGGUUGCAUCACUUGUGAAGGCAGAGAUGAUACAGCUGAAUUUUCAGAUAUAAGGUCUGCUAUGAAAGUACUUAUGUUUUCUGACCAAGAAAUUUGGGAAAUUCUAAAAAUUCUUAGUGCUUUAUUACACCUUGGUAAUAUCAAAUAUAAAGGUACAAUAAUUGAUAAUUUAGAUGCUUCAGAAAUAACUAAUGCCGGUAGUGUGAACAGUGCAGCCAGACUUCUUGAAGUUAACAGUCUGCACAUGAUAGAUGCAUUAACUACACGAACAAUAUUUGCUCAUGGUGACGCAGUUGUUUCCAAUAUGAGUACUACCCAGUCAGUAGAUGUAAGAGAUGCAUUUGUGAAAGGAAUCUAUGGUAGAAUGUUUGUGUGGAUCGUUAACAAGAUAAACUCUGCUAUUUACAAACCGAAGCACUCAGCUGGCUAUUAUAGAACAUCUAUUGGAGUUCUAGACAUAUUCGGAUUUGAAAAUUUCUUUGUUAACAGUUUUGAACAAUUUUGCAUUAACUAUGCAAAUGAAAAUCUACAACAAUUUUUUGUGAGGCAUAUUUUUAAGCUGGAGCAAGAGGAAUAUAAUCUUGAAGCAAUUAAUUGGCAGCACAUAGAGUUUGUUGAUAACCAGGAAGCUUUAGACCUUAUUGCAGUUAAACCAAUGAACAUUAUGGCUUUAAUUGAUGAAGAAAGUAAAUUUCCUAAGGGAACAGAUCAAACUCUUUUAAACAAGUUACAUAAAAUGCAUGGCAGCAAUAAGAACUACUUAAAGCCAAAAUCUGACAUAAAUACUUCUUUUGGGCUCAAUCAUUUUGCAGGAGUUGUUUUUUAUGAUACAAGAGGAUUUUUGGAAAAGAAUAGGGAUACAUUUAGUGCUGAUUUGAUCCAACUUAUUCAAGUUUCAAAUAAUAAAUUUCUGCAAAAUUUAUUUGUGCAUGAAAUUGGAAUGGGAACUGAUACAAGAAAGAAAACUCCAACUCUUAGUGCUCAGUUUAAAAAAUCUCUAGACUCUUUGAUGCGAACUCUAAGCCAGUGUCACCCAUUUUUUAUUCGAUGUAUUAAGCCUAAUGAAUUGAAAAAACCAAUGAUGUUUGAUAGAGAGCUAUGUUGUAAGCAACUGCGAUAUUCUGGAAUGAUGGAAACAAUUCGCAUUCGACGUGCUGGUUAUCCUAUUAGACAUACUUUUAAGGAAUUUGUUGAGAGGUAUCGAUUCCUUAUCCCUGGUGUUGGACCAGCUCAUAAGACUGACUGCAAGGCUGCCUGUAUAAAAAUAUGUGCCAUUGUUUUGGGUAAAACUGACUAUCAGCUUGGACGCACCAAAGUUUUCCUUAAGGAUGCUCAUGAUUUGUUUUUGGAACAAGAAAGAGAUAGAGUUUUAACAAGAAAGAUUUUAAUACUGCAAAAAGCUAUUCGUGGCUGGUAUUAUCGCCGACGUUUCUUGAGAAUGCGACAAAGUGCAAUAAUUGUGCAGAGAUUUUGGCGUGGUUAUAUACAGAAACAACAUUACAAUUAUAUGAAAACUGGGUUUCAGAGGUUACAAGCUCUUAUUAGAUCAAGAAUACUUUCUCAUAGAUUUAAACAUCUCAGAGGCCAUAUAGUCACAUUACAGGCCAGAUGUCGAGGUUUCUUAGUGAGAAGGGAACAUAUGAAAAAGCAGUGGGCAAUAACUAAGAUUCAAGCUUUUGUUCGUCGUGUUAUAGCACAACGUCGCUAUAGGAAAUUAAAAAUACAGAAUCGUCAUCGCCUAGAAGCAUUAAGAAUGCGAGAGCAAGAGGAAGUUAUGCUGAGAAAACAAAUGAAUCCUAGGAAGGCAAAAGAAAUAGCUGAGCAGAAAUAUAGGGAACGACUUCAAGAGUUGGAGCUUCGAUUGCAUGAGGAGGAAGUUGCCGAAAGAAUUAAUAUUGAACACAAGAAAGCUGUAAUUAUUGAUGCAUUCAACCGUCAGGAAGAACAACUAGAUGAUUCCAAACUGGUUGAUGCUAUGUUUGAUUUCCUUCCUAGAACAGAUUCUAACAGUGAUCAAACUGCUCCUACAGCUUUCAAAGAUUUAGAAAAGUCUCGAGAAGCUGCUCUUGAAAUUUCAUCUGAAGCUGAAGGCUCUGUACCUGCUCCACCUAUAGAUCAAGAAGACUUAUCUGAAUAUAAAUUCCAAAAAUAUGCUGUAACAUAUUUCCAAGGAAAUGCUAGCCAUCAAUAUCAAAAGAAGCCUUUAAAGCAACCUCUUUUGCAAUUAUCAACACAGGGAGAUUGUAUGGCUGCAUUAGCUUUGUGGAUUACAAUUCUUCGUUUUAUGGGGGAUUUACCCGAACCUAAAUUUCAUACAAUGGAAAGGGACAACACGUCUGUAAUGAGUAAAGUCACAGCAACUCUUGGACGUAAUUUCAUUAAAACCAAAGAAUUUCAAGAAGCUCAAUUAAUGGGAAUGGAUGCUUCUAUUAUACCUACAGAAUACAAUAAGCAAAAAUCCCGCAGUAUUAGAAAUAAAUUAGUCUCUCUCACCCUGAAAAAGAAAAACAAAAUAACAGAAGAUGUACGACGCCAGCUGCAGGAUGAAGAAUUAGCUGCAGAUACAUACAGUAGUUGGCUCGAAAGCCGCCCUACUUCAAAUCUUGAAAAGCUCCAUUUUAUAAUUGGUCAUGGUAUCUUGCGUGAUGAACUAAGAGAUGAAAUUUAUUGCCAUAUCUGUAAACAACUUACCAAUAAUCCUAAUAAAAGCUCUCAUGCACGUGGUUGGAUACUACUUUCACUGUGUGUUGGAUGUUUUGCUCCAUCUGACAAGUUUGUGAAAUAUUUACUGAAUUUCAUUCGAGAAGGACCUCCAGGUUAUGCUCCAUACUGUGAAGAUCGUUUGCGAAGAACUUUUAUGAAUGGUACUAGAGGACAGCCUCCAUCAUGGUUGGAGUUGCAAGCAACUAAAUCCAAAAAACCACUUAUGUUACCAAUAACAUUUAUGGAUGGAAAUACAAAGACUUUAUUAGCUGAUUCUGCAACUACUGCUAGAGAACUUUGUGCACAAUUAGCUGAAAAAAUUGGUCUAACAGAUCAAUUUGGAUUUUCUUUAUACAUAGCUUUAUUUGAUAAAGUUUCAUCUUUAGGAAGUGGAGGUGAGCAUGUUAUGGAUGCAAUAUCUCAGUGUGAGCAAUAUGCCAAAGAACAGGGUGCUCAAGAAAGAAAUGCUCCUUGGAGAUUGUUUUUCCGUAAAGAAAUCUUUGCUCCCUGGCAUGAUCCAACUGAAGAUGCUGUUGCUACAAAUCUUAUAUUUCAGCAAGUUGUUAGGGGUGUGAAAUUUGGUGAAUACAGGUGUGAUAAGGAAGAAGAUUUAGCUAUGAUUGCAGCACAACAAUAUUAUAUUGAACAUGGUCUUGACUUAAGCAUGGAUAGAUUACUAUCUCUUUUGCCUAAUUAUAUUCCUGAUUAUUGCUUACAAAGUGGUGAUAAAAGCUUAGAAAGGUGGGCUGGUUUGGUAAUCACUGCCUGUAAAAAGAGUUAUUAUUAUCGUGACAGAGUUCCUAUUCCUAGAGUCAAAGAAGAUGUAGUUGAUUAUGCAAAAUUUAAAUGGCCCCUUCUAUUUUCACGUUUUUAUGAAGCUUUGAGAUCUGCUGGACCUCAUUUACCGAAAAAUGAUGUAAUUUUAGCCAUUAAUUGGACUGGAGUUUAUGUUGUUGAUGAUCAAGAACAAGUACUAUUGGAGCUUUCAUUUCCAGAAAUUACCUCCAUUAUAAGUCAGAGGGGUACCAGGCCUUUUCUUCAAAGUUUUUGUAUCAGUACUGUUAGAGGGGAAGAAUUUACAUUUCAAUCACCUAAUUCUGAUGACAUCAGAGAACUUGUAGAGUUCUUUCUAGAAGGCUUGAAAAAACGAGCUAGAUAUGUCAUUGCUCUCCAAGAUUAUAAAGGUGAUAAUCCAUCAUUUCUUAGUUUCACUCAAGGGGACCUUAUUUUACUUGAUGAUUCUCACACUGGAGAAAGUGUGGCUGCUAAUAACUGGGCUGCUGGAAGAAAUGAAAGAUCUAACGAAAGAGGAGAUUUUCCGUCUGAGUUUGUUUAUGUUUUGCCUGCUCUUGUGAAACCUCCAAAUAAUAUAUUAGCUCUAUUUUCGCACGAUGGAAAUGAACAAGGUAAAAGGCUCUUCAUUCACGGACCCAAAAAUGGACCAGAGCCUGUUGAUAAACCUCAUACUCUUGAAGAAUAUUCAAUUGACCACUUUAGGCUUCCACCAAAGAGAACGAUUCCAAGAACAUUAACAUUAUCAUCUGCGAGAAAAAGGGAUAAUGACCAACUAUGGCGUCAUUCAAGAGAACCUAUUAAACAACCUUUACUGAAAAAACUACUUAAUAAAGAAGAGCUUUGUCAAGAAGCCUGUUUUGCAUUUAAUGCAUUAUUAAAAUAUAUGGGUGAUCUGCCCUCCAGGCGGACAAGAACUGGAAAUGAAUUAACAGAUCAAAUAUAUGAUGGACCUUUAAAGCAUGAAAUUUUGAGAGAUGAAAUAUACUGCCAAAUUAUGAAACAACUAACUGAUAACAAAAAUAGGUUAAGUGAGGAAAGAGGAUGGGAACUUAUGUGGCUUGCAACUGGUUUAUUUGCACCUAGCCAAAUACUUCUGAAAGAGUUAACUUCCUUCUUGAGAACAAGAAGACAUCCAAUUGCUGUUGAUUCCUUACAACGUCUUCAAAAGACUCUUAGGACUGGUCAAAGAAAAUAUCCCCCUCAUUUGGUGGAAGUAGAAGCAAUUCAACAUAAAACCACUCAAAUAUUUCACAAAGUUUACUUUCCUGAUGAUACUGAUGAGGCUUUUGAAGUUGAUUCCAGUACUCGAGCAAAAGAUUUUUGCCAAAACAUAUCUCAACGUUUGAAUUUAAGAUCUGCAGAAGGCUUUAGUCUAUUUGUCAAAAUAGCAGACAAAGUUAUUAGUGUGCCGGAGGGAGAUUUCUUUUUUGAUUUUGUUCGACAUUUAACGGAUUGGAUAAGGAAAGCUAGACCUACUAGAGAUGGUUCGAUACCACAAUUUACUUAUCAAGUGUUCUUUAUGAAAAAGCUGUGGACAAACACUGUUCCUGGCAAAGAUAGGAAUGCUGAUAUCAUAUUUCAUUACCAUCAGGAAUUGCCAAAAUUAUUAAGAGGUUAUCAUAAGUGUAGUAAAGAAGAAGCUGCUAGAUUAGCUGCUCUUAUUUACAGAGUGCGAUAUGGAGAAAGCAAAGUUGAACUUCAAGGCAUACCAAAUAUGCUGAGAGAAAUGAUUCCCGCUGAUCUAUUGAAAGCUCAAACUGCAAAUGACUGGAAAAGGUCCAUUGUUGCUGCAUACAACCAAGAUGCUGGCAUGAGUCCAGAAGAAAGUAAAGUCAAUUUUCUCAAAGUAAUUUUCAAGUGGCCUACAUUUGGAUCUGCCUUUUUUGAAGUUAAGCAAACAACAGAUCCUAAUUUCCCCGAACAGUUGUUGAUAGCAAUCAAUAAACAUGGCGUGAGUUUGAUUGAUCCAUCCUCAAAAGACAUACUAGUCACUCAUCCAUUUACCCGCAUAUCAAAUUGGAGUAGCGGUAAUACUUACUUUCAUAUGACCAUUGGCAAUUUAGUAAGAGGGAACAAGUUACUGUGUGAAACACCUUUGGGCUAUAAAAUGGACGAUUUACUGACAUCAUAUAUUAGUCUAAUGUUAAGCAAUAUGAACAAGCAAAGAACGAUUAGAGUAAAGCAAUAACUGCAUCCAUUUAUACUUACAAAUGUAUACCUGCUGCUGGCUCAGCAUGGUGGUUUAAACUAUACACUUUGCCAUUAAAAAGUUCUUAAUUUUGUGCCCAUAACUUAUGUGAAGAAAAGUUAAAAAGCUAUAUUUCUGUUUCAUAUUUAACAAAAUUUUGUUGAAUGUACUGUUUUAUUACCACUUUGUGCUAACAGCAUUUUUGUGAAAUAUUUUUAUGUUAAAUGACUAAAAUGAAAUGCAUUUUAUGUUUAGUAUUAUUCAUAUUUAAAUGUUUGAUGACUGACUUGUUGAAUGUAUGAUAUUGUAUUUUUUAUUUUGCAUUUUUAAAAAUUCAGUAGUUUUCCAUCUAAAAUAAAGACAUUCCAUUUAUAUAUUAUGGCCAUAUCACUUUUGAAUCAGGCCAAAGAUUGAACUUUACAAAACCUUGUUUUAUAUAUAUAUAUAAAAUGAGGUCAUUCUAUUUUUAAAAGUUUUAUCAUUCCAUUCUUCCGUCCAUUUUAUAUUGUUUAUUGCCUUCAUAAAUUUUCUACAGCAUACUGUAUUAAAAAAUUUUAGAAACAAUUACAUGUUCAAUGAGCUUUCCUAAUCGUAAGAAAUAAAACUUUUUUAUCGUUAAAUCUUCUUGCACUAUUUAUUCACAAAGAACAAAUUGUAUAAAAUGUAACAUAUUUAUGUUUGAAAAGUUACAUUUUGUUAAAUGUUUUUAAUUGAUAUUAACAUUGUUUAUAGAAUUUUAAAUCAAAUAUAUUUUAUCUAAAAAUAUCUUUUCAGAAUCUAGAUUUUUUUGUUAUGCAUUUAUUUAUAAAACUAUAAUUACAUAAAAUUCUGUUACAAUUAGCUGUGUAACAGAUAUUUGUUUGCUCUUCUGUACUUUUUAUUUGUUAUAGUUUUUAAAUGUUGAAUAAAAAGUAAACUAUUA